UUGAUCAUGUUUAUGCCUCAGAAAUACCAACCGGAUCACAUGUUCUUGAGACAGGUACCAAUCCGUCGAGUCCAUAUCUUCACUACAAUCCAGUUGACAUGUUUGGUUUGUCUCUGGGUUAUCAAGUCAUUUUCAAUGACCUCGAUUCUCUUCCCAUUGAUGCUGGUGGUAAUGAUUGGCAUCAGGAAGGCUCUAGACCUGUUCUUCACAAGAAGAGAAAUGAAAAUACUUGAUGACGUGAUGCCAGAAAUGACUAAGAGGAACCAGGAUGAACUUCGGGAACUCGGCGACGCGGAGGAAGCCACAAAAAGCAACCCGCCGCAGUACCAAGAGAAUCUACAAAUACCUCUGAUCAACGGUAACAUUAUGAACAUACCGUUGACGUCAAUCAAUAUCUCGGAGGAAGUAAACAAAACCGGGAUAUGGAAGCAAGUCAAUAAUAGUAACAGAAUGAAAAAAGAUACAAAGAACAAAACUGGAAAGAAAAAUAAUAAACACAAGAAAUUAAUAAUGUCGAAAAAUGCACAAACUGAAAUCGAGAGACGACUAUCUACGAUGGACGAGGUUGAAGAAGACGACUCAUCGACAAAGGUGUGCGUCAAUGACACCAAAUUCUAAGUGGAG